AUGAUGAACCGGGAGAAGUGGGUUAACCUCAGUCCUUCAGAAUUUUCUCAGCUUCAGAAAUAUGCAGAAUACUCCACCAAGAAAAUUAAGGAUGUUCUGGAAGAAUUCCAUGGUAAUGGUGUGCUAGCAAAAUAUAAUCCUGAAGGGAAACAAGACAUUCUUAAUCAAACAAUUGAUUUAGAAGGUUUCAGGCUGUUCAUGAAGACCUUUCUGGAAGCCGAGCUGCCCGAUGAUUUCAGUGAACAUCUCUUUACGUCAUUCAGCAACAAAAUCUCCCAUUGUAUUCCCUUAGUUAAAAGCAAGCCCCAACUCCUACCAGGAGGUUUGAGAAUUAAUAAAGGUAACACUACAUCACGACCUGCUGCUCCUGCCAAUUUACAUGUACCAGAUGUAAUCCAGUUGAAAGACAUUGUUUGCUAUUUGUCUCUGCUUGAAAGAGGAAGACCUGAAGACAAACUAGAAUUUAUGUUUCGCUUGUAUGACACAGAUGGAAAUGGGUACUUGGACAGUUCGGAACUAGAAAAUAUCAUCACUCAAAUGAUGCAUGUUGCAGAAUACCUUGAAUGGGAUGUCACUGAACUCAGUCCAAUCCUUCAUGAAAUGAUGGAAGAAAUUGAUUAUGACCAUGAUGGCACAGUAUCUCUGGAGGAAUGGAUCCAGGGCGGAAUGACGACAAUCCCACUCCUGGUGCUCCUUGGAUUAGAGAAUAAUGUGAAGGAUGAUGGGCAGCAUGUAUGGAGACUGAAACACUUUAACAAGCCUGCCUACUGUAAUCUUUGCUUGAACAUGUUAAUAGGAGUAGGCAAGCAGGGUCUCUGCUGUUCCUUUUGCAAGUACACAGUCCAUGAACGCUGCGUCUCAAGAGCACCUGCCUCUUGUAUCAAAACAUAUGUGAAGUCCAAAAAGAACACUGAUGUAAUGCACCACUACUGGGUAGAAGGAAACUGUCCAACAAAAUGUGAUAAGUGUCACAAAAAUAUAAAAUGUUACCAAGGCCUGACUGGACUUCAUUGUGUUUGGUGUCAGAUCACACUCCAUAAUAAAUGUGCUUCACAUCUAAAGCCUGAAUGUGACUGUGGCCCUUUGAAGGACCAUAUUUUACCACCUACAACAAUCUGCCCAAUAGUAUUGGAAAGACAGGCAACUGUGAAAAAAGAAAAGAGUUGCCCCCAGCAAAUGAACAAAUUGGGAGAACGGACUAAGAUGCAAAGAGCAAAUUCCGUCACUGUAGAUGGACAAGGACUUCAGAUCACUCCGGUUCCAGGAACUCAUCCGCUUUUAGUUUUUGUCAACCCUAAAAGUGGGGGGAAACAAGGAGAAAGAAUUUACAGAAAAUUUCAGUACCUUUUAAACCCUCGUCAAGUUUACAGUCUUGCUGGAAAUGGACCAAUGCCAGGGUUAAAUUUUUUCCGAGAUGUUCCUGACUUCCGGGUACUGGCAUGUGGUGGAGAUGGAACAGUGGGUUGGAUUUUGGAUUGCAUAGAGAAGGCAAAUUUGCUUAAACAUCCUCCAGUUGCUAUUUUGCCUCUUGGGACUGGCAAUGAUUUAGCAAGGUGUCUGAGAUGGGGAGGAGGAUAUGAAGGUGAGAAUCUGAUGAAGAUCUUGAAAGACAUUGAGAACAGCACAGAGAUCUUGCUGGACAGAUGGAAAUUUGAAGUCAUACCCAAUGAUAAAGAUGAGAAAGGAGAUCCAGUGCCUUAUACUAUCAUCAAUAAUUACUUUUCUAUUGGCGUGGAUGCUUCAAUUGCCCACAGAUUCCACAUCAUGCGAGAAAAACAUCCAGAGAAGUUCAACAGUAGAAUGAAGAACAAAUUUUGGUAUUUUGAGUUUGGCACUUCUGAAACUUUCUCAGCCACCUGCAAGAAGCUGCACGAAUCUGUAGAAAUAGAAUGUGAUGGAAUUCAGCUAGACUUAAUCAAUAUUUCUCUGGAAGGAAUUGCCAUUCUGAACAUUCCAAGCAUGCACGGUGGAUCAAAUCUUUGGGGAGAGACCAAGAAAAGACGUAGCCAUCGUCGAACUGAAAAGAAGAGGUUGGAUAAAAGAAGCACUGUCACAGAUGCCAAGGAAUUGAAGGUUGCAUGUCAAGAUCUGAGUGAUCAGCUGAUGGAAGUGGUUGGUCUGGAAGGAGCCAUGGAGAUGGGUCAGAUAUACACAGGACUGAAAAGUGCUGGUAGGCGGCUUGCACAGUGCUCAUCUGUUGUCAUCAGAACCAGCAAGUCGCUGCCCAUGCAGAUUGAUGGAGAACCAUGGAUGCAGACCCCUUGUACAAUAAAAAUUACCCACAAGAAUCAAGCCCCAAUACUGGUGGGACCUCCUCCAAAAACCGGUCUAUUCUCCUCCAUUAUCAGAAGAACAAGGAACCACAGCAAGGAAUAAGCCUCUGUAGUUUAGUUCUUAGAAAACAAAUUAGCAGCGCUGGCUUUGGAAUAUUUAUGCCAGAAAUCUUUCAAAAGUUUUAGAAUAUCCUCUACUCACAGAAUUCUGGAAUUUGGCAUAACGGUUUCUGUGACUGAGCUAAUGUAAAAUUAUGCUGUUAGAAAAAUUUAUUGUCACUUUUUUUUUAGGCAUUUUGCAUGAGGAAAGCAGAUGUUUAUAUACAGUGAUAUGGCAUCUUUUUGUUGCAUGCAUUACCAUUUACUAAUUUAUGGGAUAAUUCUGCCAUGGAACAUGAGGAGGGAAUGCUCUGGGUAAUUUGAUUUAUUUGGUAAGAUUUUAUUUGUAGUUAAUUCUAAUGCAGUGAUCAUAAUCCAAAGAUUCUGUAGUUGCCCUCUUGAACCCAAGCAUCUUCAGAUCAACAACUGAUUUGACGUGUAUCACAUAAGAGCUUGGAAGUUCACAGGUCCCAUUAACUUGGCCUUUUACAUUUAACAUUUCUUGCCACUCUAAUGAAUAUUUUUCCUCAGCAAUUUAACCCCACUGAGCAGUAUUAAAAUCCUUUUUCUGUGCUAAAAUACCUUUAAUCUUUCAAACACUGAUCCAUGUGAGUAACUUUACACACACACAAAGUCCCAUUGGAUCACUGGUACUAUUCACAUGCAGAUAACUACGCACAUGUGCAAGUUUUUGCAAGAUGGGAAGUCAAUGCAGGUUUGCCUGAGUGAGGACUACAGGGCUAAAGGUUAAAGGACAGCGAAUAAAGGUAAUGCUACUUGCAAAACUAAUCAGCAGAGUUGUUUGUUGAAACAUUAAAACAUUUUACUCAACAGUAAAUCUUUGUAAUAUGCCAAACUUUAAAUCAUCUUGCAUAUUGGCCAAUAGUGCAGUAUGUGCAGUAGUGCACACAAAUAACCAAACCACAUGCCUAAUAAACUGCAUUUCCCACCAAAGAUUUAGUGAAGGAGGCUUCAGAGAAAUGGGUUAAUGCAUAAUUAAUCAUGCACACUGGAGCAGACUUACUUCUGAAAAUGUACAGUUCUUUGAUUACCUUGGCAAUGUCCAAACUAAUGCUGGAAUAGGAAAAACGGUCUAUUAAUUACAAUUUACAUGCUCACCUUUCAUUUGUUUCAUACAUUAAUAGACUGACACAUAAACUUGCUACUUCACAAUUAAAACCAUUUCUAAUUUUGUUGUUAUUUAUAAAUUUGCAACAUCCCUCAUUUUGUCACGCUUUAAAUUAGUCUUCUUAAGGAAAGGACAUGCUCUUAUCAGUUCCCUUUCUAUUCAUUGCUACCUGAAAUCAAAACAAUUCCUAUUAUAAUAAUUUGGGAGGCAAUUGUUUAGGUCUUCAUUUUCUCAGCCCUCUGAGAGACUUCUUAACAGCCGGAAAUCGCAGCACAGGUCUUAUUGUCUAUGGUUUGCAUGGUACUGUCAGACUGUCUAAUGGUUAGGUCCAAGAAUGGCAACCUUUUUCAGUGUUGCAAUAAAUUUACAAUAUGGGUCUGAAGUAAAAUGCUUUUUUAUGCAGUCUUGACGUUGUUCUUCGUACCAAAUAACCUGCACCUCAUCGCUGCAUGUUUUAUGUUCUCAAACAUUCCAUCGGGGGUGUGUGGAGGGAAGGGCAUGGGGGAACUGCUUGAAAUGCAUGAUUUAUUAGUUUCCUCCCACCUUUAUCGAUACAUUAAAGUGCCAAUGAGUUAUCCAA